CACCACGUGUCAGACAGGAACCCCACCUCCGUACUCCUUCAGGAACCUUCCCGAAUGUAAAACCGUAUCGCAGUUUCUCGCGCCUUCCUUUUCCUUCCUAUUCUCUCUCUUCUUCCUUCCUUCCAGAAAUUUACUCUUCGUAUCUCGCUUAGUUAAUGGCUGCUCCGCAGUCGACCGGAGAAUCGUCGGCGAAAUCGACGGCGUCGGUCACGCCGGAAGCGCAGAGAUCUAUCCCAACGCCAUUUUUGACGAAAACUUACCAGCUAGUCGACGAUCCAGAGUUCAACGAUGUGAUCUCGUGGAACGAGGACGGAUCCACCUUCAUCGUAUGGAGACCGGCUGAGUUUGCCCGGGAUCUCCUCCCCAAAUACUUCAAGCAUAACAACUUCUCGAGCUUCGUAAGACAGCUAAAUACCUAUGGUUUUCGAAAGAUCGUACCGGAUCGAUGGGAGUUCGCGAAUGAUUCGUUCAAGAGAGGCGAGAAGCGACAACUCAACGAAAUCCACCGCCGAAAGAUCUCCCAGCCGGCGGGGACUCCGACCCAACCGUCGGCGAUUCCAGCCCAGCCGGUGGCGAUGGUUUCUCCGGCAAACAAUAUAUUAUCGCCGGUUAACUCAGCCGACGAGCAGGUGAUCUCAUCGAACUCCUCACAGGGAGCGAUAGAAGCUUGCAGCAGCGAGGUGGAGCUGAGAGAGGAGAACGAGCGGCUGCGUCGCGAGAACGCCCGGCUAUCGCAUGAGCUUGGGCAGAUGAAAACUCUCUGCAACAAGAUCCUCCAACUCAUGUCCAAGUACGAUUUCGGUUAUCAGAUCGACGGUGGCGGAGCGGCGAGAUGCGGCGGAGGUAGACCGGAAGCGGAAGGCUCGCCUGACCUAGAAAUUUUCCCGGCGACGCCAUCGGUGAAGAAUGAAGCGGAUGUGCUCCCGAGGCUUUUCGGCGUGGCGAUCGGAUCGAAGCGGGGGAGAGAUGAGGAGGUCGAGGAGGUUCGGAAGUCGGUGGUGGAUGUGAAGACGGAGCCGUUGGAUUUAGGAGCGGAUCGGACGGUGGAGGUGAGUGGACUAGGUAAUUGGCGGUUGGGAUGGUCCAUAGGACCAUGACCAAUCAGAGUGCUUAAAGGGUUGGGCCGGCACGUGGCGGGUGGGGGUCAAUGGCGCGAACUUGUUCAGUUUGUUAGGUUGUAUAUUUAUUAUUUAAGAAUUAACUUUUUUAGAUUUUUAAAUUUACUAGAAUAUCAUUAUAUUCGAUUAAAUUACUAUUCAUUUAUUGAGCUUGAUUA